AUGGGAGCAACCCCUUUUCACCACUCCAUUCUCGAGGUUCGGCUGUCAAAACAUUUUGACAAGCCAACGGACAUGAGAUACAAUGGAACCCAGGACCCCCAGGAACAUCUAACGGUCUUUAAAGCCAGGAUGAACCUGGAGGGUGCGGGCAACAAGGUGAGAUGUCGCGCUUUUCCCGUGACCCUGGCAGGACCGGCAAUCCGAUGGUUCAACACGCUCCCUCAAGGGUCCGCGACGACUUUCGCGGACAUAACCCGUGGCUUUCUAUCACAAUUUACCACACGCAUUGCCAAAGCCAAGAACCCGAUCAACCUUCUAGGGGUGACCCAAAGAAACGGGAAACCGACCAGGAAGUAUCUUGAUAGGUUCAAUGACGAAUGCCUAGAGAUUGACGGCCUGACCGACUCGGUGGCCAGCCUGUGUCUGACAAAUGGGCUGUUGAAUGAAGACUUCAGAAAACACCUUACUACCAAACCUGUGUGGACCAUGUAG